AUGGCCCUAAAUGGUAAAGUCGUGCUUCUUACCGGAGCAUCUAUGGGAAUUGGUGAAGCCAUUGCUGGUGCACUGGCAGAACAAGGGGCGAAGUUAGCUCUCGUCUCCCGAAGUGAGGACAAACUUCAGAGCCUCCUACGGCGCAUCAAUGAUCAGCAUCCGUCUUGCGAAGCCUCAGUCUACGCAGCAGAUGUUGGCGAUUACGAAGCAGUCGACAAACGCGUAGUAGAAGCUGGGCUGGCGCUAGGUGCCCCAUCACGGUUCCCCGAGCUGAGUAUAUCCGACAUUACGACUAUGAACAACACCAAUGUCAAUGGCUACAUGUUCGUCACGCACUCGGUGCUGAACCGUUCGAUGAUGUCAAGAGGCGAAGGCAUCAUCCUCAACAUUACAUCAACCACCGCACUUGAAGCGCCGCCCUUCCCUGGCGAGACAGUGUAUCAUGCGAAUAAGGCACUGCAGGAAGGUUUCACGAAUGCUCUUCGCAACGAGUUAAAUGAGACCAACAUCAAAGUCUUGGCGUUACGACCGGGCGUGGUUGCUACCAACUUCCAUUCGCAGCGUGUCAGCUACGAUAAGUCCAUGUACGAGGGUUUCAUGGAAGGAUUUCACGACGUUGCAGAGGCUGCAAUAUUUAUGCUCAGCCAGCCACCAAAUCGCUCAAUCAAAGCCUUAGACGUGGUGCCGACGGCCCAACGAUCACUGAAUGUUUUCGACCGGAAGUGGAAUGAGCGAAACGGAAAGUCCGAUGUCGAAAUGGAUUAA